AGUAAAAAUUACGCAAAAGGGUUUUCUGAGGUUCAAAAGAAAGUAAGAGAAGCUACCACUAACGACGCUUGGGGACCCAGUGGCGCUCUUAUGAACGAAAUUGCUCAGCUUACCUACAACGAGCAGGAUUUUAUUGAAGUCAUGGAUAUGUUAGAUAGACGAUUAAAUGAUAAAGGCAAAAACUGGCGUCACGUAUUUAAAGCUCUAUUAGUACUAGACUACUGUCUACACGUGGGAUCAGAGAAUGUCGUAUUAUAUGCAAAGGAGAAUAGUUAUGUCAUCAAAACACUCAAAGAGUUUCAACAUAUUGAUGAUGCUGGGAAAGAUGUUGGGGCAAAUAUUCGUCAAAAGGCAAAGGAGAUCACCACUUUAUUGCACGAUGAUCAGCGUUUGAAGGAUGAACGACGUUCGCGGCACCAAAUGCAAGAGAGGAUGGCAGGUGUCGGUGACUACAUGAGUGAUGUGAUGUGGGGAGGUAGACCUAAUGGAGCAGGAGGCGAAGACUAUGCAGUUUAUCAAGAACCAGGAUAUUUAGAAGAGGAAAGAGAUUUGAAAAAGGCAGUUGAAGAAAGUAAACGCACGGCAGAAGAAGAGGCAAGAAAACAGAAUUGGGGUCAAGGGUAA